UUACAAGCCGGCCGUAACCAAUGGCGGGCUGCGGCGCAAAGCCAGGCCUGUGGGUUUUUUUUUUUUUUUGCCCCCGCCUAUACCAGUGAACUCAUGAGUGAAAUAUGACAUUUCGCCCAUAAAGAAAAGAGGGCGAGGAGGGAAGAAGCGAGGGAAGGACGGAGGGGGAAAACUUAAACCUGCAGGCAACGAACUCUGGGCUUGAACCCUUCCUGGUUUCAGAAUCUGGAGAUCAGAUAGGGCGGGGCUGCGCCGAGUUUUUCUCAAGUUUUCGGCUACUGCAAAGAAGCCUCUGAGGUGCUCGGUGCUGGGGCAGAUUGCAUUCCUGCCUCCCUCAAGAAGACACCCGAGAGAGGGAGCUGAUCGCAGCAGCCCACUAGCCUCGUCGCGAUGGGGGAGGACGGAGUGCAAGCGGAGAAGAGCAGCGCGUACGUUUCUCCCAGCUCCGAUGGGCCUCUGGAUGCCAGCAAUCCCAGCCCGGUGCCCUCGGGCAGCCGCAGCCCCAGCCUGCUGCCGCCAGCGCCGGGCGAGGCGAUUCGGGACAGCUCGCAAGUGAACGCCAUCACGGUGCUGACUCUCUUGGACAAGCUGGUGAACAUGCUGGACUCGGUGCAGGAGAACCAGCAGAAGAUGGAGCACCGGCAGAUCGAGCUGGAGGGUUCGGUGAAAGGCAUCCAGAGCGACCUGAGCAAGCUGUGCAAGAACCACACCUCCACCAGCAACACGGUGGCCAAACUGCUGGAGAAGUCGCGCAAGGUCAGCGCCAACACGCGCGAAGUGCGCGACCGCAUGGACCGCCAGUGCGCCCAGGUGAAGCGCUUGGAGCACAACCACGCGCAGCUCUUGCGCCGCAACCACUUCAAGGUGCUCAUCUUCCAGGAAGAAAAUGAAAUCCCUGCCAGCGUAUUUGUGAAAGACCCGGUUCCCAGUAUUACUGAUGGGAAGGAAGAGCCUGUCGAUGAGAACAAAACCUUGGAAGAAACUUUGCACACCGUGGAGUUAUCCUCAGAGGAUGAAGUGCCCCACGAUGACCUUGCAGAAGACAGUAUGGAUGAGAAAAUAGAGGAGUCCAGAGCUGAGAAAAUCAAGAGAUCGAGCCUUAAAAAGGUUGACAGCCUGAAGAAAGCAUUUUCCCGUCAAAAUAUUGAAAAGAAGAUGAACAAGAUCGGCACCAAGAUUGUCUCACCUGAACGGAGAGAGAAGAUCAAGAAGUCUUUUACCCCUAACCAUCAGAAGUCUUCUUCAUCCAAAAGUUCAUCUUUCAAGAUCUCUCCCCUGACAUUCAACGUGAAGAAAGUCCAUGAUGGAGAAACAUCCAUAGAAGUAGAAGACAAGCCAGUGGAAGCUACUGGUAGUGAGCAUGCAGUCUUUGAAGAGACCACCCUCACUUCAGAUCCAGUCUCUUCUUCUUCUCCAGCUGAAGAAGGAAAAGCCUUUGCUGAUUCUUUGGAAAAAGAGUCAGGAAGUGAAGGAGAGGUGGUGAUCAACAACAACAUUGAGCUUGCAAUUGUUGAAGAAGAUGAUGACUAUAGAGCUUCAUUAGAAAUCAGACAAGACCUUUAUGAAGAAAGAAACAAGCCAACCAGUGGAGAAAUGGAAUAUUCUGAAGAAUCCAAUCAAGCAGCUGUCCUCCGCGUAGACCAAACAGCGUAAAUUGCCUGUGCCCUUUCUACAUAUGAUGUUUUUAGCUAUAUCGGUCACCAGAAUAUGUCUGGUAUACUAUGAAUGUGGGUCUAAUAGUGCCUCUCAGUGAAAUUGUUGGUUUUCAAGUGUAUAUUUCCUUAUAAAACUGUUUUGUUCAUUCAAUUAGAAUUGACUCCCACAGUCAAAAGUAGGGCUGUUUUCCAAUUAAUACAAAAGCAGAUGUCUUCAACCCUCUUCCUACUUUCUAAUGUUUCCUUAUUUUACCUAGAAUGUGUUUAAAAGAAGUGUUCAAGACAAUUAGGCCAUUUAAUAAAAGGCAUUACCUACAACAGUCGCUUUUAAAUUGUAGUUAAGAAUAUAAGCAGUGUCUUGUUAGAUCAGACCCCUUGCCCUGUCUAGUCCAGCAGAAUGUUAUUUGGCGAACCAACUACAUAAGGAAGCUCGUUUGUCUCCCAGCUGAUUCAGGAAAGUCACACUGUCGUCAGUUCAUAGAUCCCCAAGACUUCCAUGAAUUGAUCCAGCCUUUUUUUUUUCUUCUUCUUGUGAAGCCAUCCAAGCUGGUAGCCAGCACCACAUCUCAUAGUACUAAAUUCCAAAAUGUAAUUACAGGCUGUGUAAAGAAGGAAGGAAGGAAGGAAGGAAGGAAGGAAGGAAGGAAGGAAGGAAGGAAGGAAGGAAGGAAGGAGAAAGAAAAAAGAAAGAAAGAAAGAAAGAAAGAAAGAAAGAAAGAAAGAAAGAAAGAAAGAAAGAAAGAAAGAAAGAAAGAAAGAAAAAGAAAGAAAGAAAGAAAAGAAUCCUUUGGUCAGUCCUGAUUCUUCCAAUACAUUCAAUUUGAUUCUAGUAUUUUGGGAAGAGGAAAAUAGCUUUUCCUUGUCCACUUUAUCCAGAUUUGCCUAGAUCCAUGACCCUUAUCCCCAUCCACAAUUUAGAAGCAUCAGCUUUCAGUGGAGAAAGCAUGGCUAUUAAAUGAUGCAUGUAUGAACUCAUUUUUUGAAACACGGAUCCCAUGUUUUCUUUAAUCCAGACUGUGAGCCUGCAUUGAAAAGACAGUUUCCUGCAUUCUGCUUGGCUCUUUGUCUCUUUUGAAGGGAACUGUAAAAUCCAUUUCAGUAUCCUCUUUGCCUGUUAGCUUUCUCCUACUAACUGCUUUUUAAGCUACAAUCCAAUUAUAAGCUAAACUCUUUCCCACCUAUGCCAUAAUAGUAAGGCAAUUUAACAUGUUUUCCUAAGCUGUGGAAUCCUCAAAGCUUGUAAUUUUCCUUCUUGAUGUGCUGCGACUAUCCCAGUAUGAUGUCAGAGGGAACGUCAUGUGACAAGGGCCAAUACUGAAAAUGCAGGAGUGAAUUACUAAAAAAGUAUAGCUUUUGACAGUGUACUUAACACACGUUAUGUGCAGGUGCACUGGAGAAGAUAUUUUUUAGCAUAUACAAUUGACUUGAGAAACAAGAUUACUGAGAGAAGGC